GGGCGCCGGACCGCCCCCUCUGGGAGCCCAGGCUAGUGAGUCGUGGCGGAGAGCGGGAACCUGCGGGCUGGGGGCCGCCGCGCCUCUUCCUCGGGCCGCAGGGGGCGGGAGGAUCCUCCCGGCUCGGCCUCUUCCCGCCGGUACCCGGGAAGGCGGCUGUCACCCGGCAGGGCCGGAGCUGGGCCGCCCGCCCGCCCUUCCCGGCAGUCGGGAGGAAGGGUUCCGGCGGCUGUUGACACGCACCUUGCGUGGCCGGAGAAGCCGACUAUGUCGGCCCUGGGUUUCUGGGAACCGGUUUUGCUGCUGUGUCAUUUUGUACCAGCCCCUCCUUUCCUUGCUGCCCGCCGCCCCGUUCUUCCUACGCCCCUUUGUAUGAUCUUUUCUUCGUGUGUGUCCGUUUUCCUCUCGAAGCCCACCAUCUAAAUGUCAUCAUGUCCCCGAGGUGCACGGGGAAAGGGAGCGGGCCGGGACUUAGCUUGGCCAAGCAACGCGCCUGAUCAACUUUCUAGCAGGAGAACGACCAUGGAGGUGGUGCCAGCUGAGGUGAAUAGUUUGCUUCCAGAGGAGAUAAUGGACACUGGUAUAACUUUAGUGGAUGAUGAUAGUAUUGAGGCUGUUAUUGUUUCAUCCCCAAUUCCCAUGGAGACAGAACUGGAAGAAAUUGUCAACAUAAAUUCUACUGGUGACUCUACAGCCACGCCCAUUUCCACGGAACCAAUCACAGUGUACAGUAACCACACUAACCAAGUUGCAGUGAAUACCACAAUUACUAAAGCAGAUUCUAAUACCACAGUGAAACCAUCUUUUCCAAGUGGCCUUCAAAAACUUGGUGCUCAGACUCCUGUGACUAUAUCAGCCAAUCAGAUUAUUUUAAACAAAGUAUCACAGACAUCAGAUCUUAAACUUGGCAAUCAGACCCUUAAGCCAGAUGGACAGAAGUUAAUUUUAACAACUUUGGGCAAGUCUGGUUCACCAAUUGUUUUAGCACUACCCCAUAGCCAACUACCCCAGGCUCAGAAAGUUACAACUCAGGCCCAGUCAGGAGAUGCUAAGUUGCCACCGCAGCAAAUUAAAGUAGUUACCAUUGGAGGGAGGCCAGAGGUGAAACCUGUCAUUGGUGUCUCAGCAUUGACCCCAGGAAGUCAACUGAUAAAUACUACAACUCAGCCCUCUGUGUUACAGACCCAACAGUUAAAAACAGUACAGAUUGCUAAGAAGCCUCGAACACCAACCUCUGGUCCAGUAAUCACGAAGCUGAUCUUUGCAAAACCAAUUAAUAGUAAAGCAGUUACAGGACAGACAACUCAAGUAUCACCACCAGUCAUUGCAGGUAGGGUUCUUUCACAGUCUACUCCCGGGACUCCAUCAAAGACCAUAACAAUAUCUGAAAGUGGUGUUAUUGGAUCAACUUUAAAUUCUACAACACAGACACCAAAUAAAAUAGCCAUCUCACCUUUGAAAUCGCCAAAUAAGGCAGUGAAAUCAGCUGUGCAGACCAUCACUGUUGGAGGCGUGAGCACAUCACAGUUUAAGACAAUUAUUCCUCUGGCAACUGCUCCCAAUGUCCAGCAGAUUCAAGUGCCUGGAAGCAAGUUUCAUUAUGUCCGACUUGUUACUGCCACCACAGCCAGUAGCUCAAGCCAGCCAGUUAGUCAGAAUCCCAGUACAAACACUCAACCUCUCCAGCAAGCAAAGCCUGUGGUGGUUAAUACCACUCCCGUGCGGAUGUCAGUUCCACUCGUCUCGGCGCAGACUGUCAAGCAGGUUGUUCCCAAACCCAUCAAUCCCACUUCACAGAUAGUCACCACCAGCCAGCCCCAGCAGCGGCUCAUCAUGCCUGCCACCCCACUGCCGCAGAUCCAGCCCAACCUCACCAACCUGCCGCCGGGCACUGUGCUGGCCCCGGCUCCGGGAACAGGGAACGUGGGCUAUGCAGUGCUUCCUGCUCAGUACGUUACUCAGCUACAGCAGUCUUCAUAUGUGUCUAUAGCAAGCAACUCUAACUUUACUGGGACACCUGGUAUCCAGACCCAGGCAAGGCUUCCAUUCAAUGGCAUAAUCCCAUCAGAGUCUGCCAGUCGGCCCAGAAAACCCUGUAAUUGUACAAAAUCGCUGUGUUUGAAAUUAUAUUGUGAUUGCUUUGCAAAUGGUGAAUUUUGCAACAACUGCAAUUGUACUAAUUGUUAUAAUAAUUUGGAACAUGAAAAUGAAAGGCAAAAAGCAAUAAAGGCAUGCCUUGACAGAAAUCCAGAAGCUUUUAAGCCUAAGAUAGGGAAAGGAAAGGAGGGAGAAUCAGAUCGACGUCACAGCAAAGGAUGUAAUUGCAAACGAUCAGGAUGUCUUAAAAACUACUGUGAAUGCUAUGAGGCAAAAAUAAUGUGCUCCUCAAUAUGCAAAUGUGUUGGGUGUAAGAAUUUUGAAGAAAGCCCAGAAAGAAAGACACUGAUGCACUUGGCAGAUGCAGCCGAAGUAAGGGUACAGCAACAAACAGCAGCAAAAACGAAGUUAUCGUCUCAAAUUUCAGACUUGCUUACUAGGCCAACACCAGCUUUGAAUAGCGGAGGAGGAAAAUUGCCAUUUACAUUUGUAACUAAGGAAGUAGCCGAAGCCACGUGUAAUUGCCUUCUUGCCCAGGCAGAGCAGGCAGACAAGAAGGGAAAGUCAAAGGCAGCAGCCGAACGGAUGAUACUUGAGGAAUUCGGACGAUGUUUGAUGAGCGUCAUCAACUCUGCAGGAAAAGCAAAAAGUGACCCUUGUGCCAUGAAUUGCUAACUCUUGCACAAAAGACUGAUGGGUGGAACUGUACAGAAAAUUGAAGGUGCAGGGACACUUGAUUUUCUGGAAGAUAGUUUAACAAUUAUUGUAUUGUUAAUUCGGUCCUUGUGAGACCUGAAAUUAUAAUAUUGAAAGAGAAGAAAUUUUAAAUGAGGAAAUUAGUACAUUUUAAAUCUUAGUUAAAUCUGUUUAUGCCCCUUCUAAAUUUUUUCUUUAUUGUAUUAUAUGGAUUUUUAAUUUGCAUGGGUUUCUUAAGAAUUAGAUGUUCUAUCCUUCUGAUUCUAUUGACAAAGGACAUUUAUAAAUUACUAUAAUUUAUAACAUAUGGUGUUGUAUGACUUUGUUCCAGUAGAAAAAGCCAAAGAACCAUUGGUAUUACCCAGUCAUUCUUUGGCACUAGACCUAAGCAGAUAGAAUGUCUACAUAAACAAAUUCUUAUGAAGCAUAUUCAAAUGACAUUUGGUGUUUAGAAAAGCACUGUCUUUUUAAGAAAAACCAGCUUUUUAGCACAGAUUCUGGAAUAACAUCCUGUUGUCACUUUGGGAAUGUCAGAAGGGGAAGGAAUCCCUAGGCACACUUUUAAAAUAAAAAAGUUUAAAAAAACAAAGUGUUAAGGGACAGUGAAUAGUUCUUAAUAGGCAAUGUGUUUCUCUUAAGGAGUGAUUAAGAAAUGCUCUAGGGUGUUUCCAUUUUCUUUGAAGGAGGUGGUGUGCAUUUGAAAUGAUAAUAAAUUGUCAAAGUGAUUACUGGGUACUAUUAAAAGUGAGGUGCAUAUGAAUAGGACUUAAUAUUAUGUAGUGAUGAUGUAGAACCUUACAGAAGUAUCAGGUAUAAAAUUUGGCUUGGAUGGAGAAAUAAAGAGCAUUGAAGCUCUAAUCGAUGAAUUUAGGGAAGGAUUUUUCAUCUAUACAAUUCUCUUUAUAGACUUUUGAACUAAGAGGUCUCAAUCCAAUGUAUGAGUAUUACUUGAUUUACUGAAAGGGCCUCCUGACAAAACUUUCAAAAUUAUAGUGGGAUUUCUUUUUAUAAGGGAAGCUUAAUAUGGCAUUAUUUUUAGCCAGUGAUUUGAUAAGCUGAAGGUAUGAGUUUUUUCUUAUUACUACUAAAAUAACCUAAAUCAUUUUCGCUAAUUCAAAAUUCAAAAGCUUUAUGAAUUUAAGAGCCAGUAGUAGGACUCUGGAUUUUAUGACAGGAAAAAACCAUGUUGGAAUUCAGGCAUUUUGUUAAGUACCUUAAUCCUCAGUAAUUAUUAGUAUAUGAUUAUUACAUUUCCUACAAGGAAUCUAUAGUUGUAUGUAUUAAGUGUGUAUAUAUGUUCAUAUGAACAUGCAAGAUAUAGGCAGUAGAAAUUAAGUAAUCCAAAAGAAGAUUCCGUUAUUCACUGAAGUAUCUUCCUUUUGAAAUUUGGAUAUAAAAUUAUAGUGCAGUAACUUUAAAUGUAGAUAGUGCAAACAUUCUUAGCACCUCAAUCUAGUAUGUUUAAUUAAAAUUUGUAUAAAUGUAAAUUAGUGUAAGAGGAUAAAAUAUCUAAUCAAGUUAUUUUUCAAAAGAUUACAGUACCUUUUUGGUCUAAACCUAAACUUUGUUCAUUUUGUACAUAUUCUGUGUUUAAUUCUAAUUGCACCUUUGUGAUGUGUAUUUAUAUACAGUGUGCAGAAAAUGUUUGUGAAAUUUGGAUUACAAUUGUAGAUUAUGUAUGACGGAAUUGCUUGAGAAUGUUUUGCUUGUAAAAAUUUGAAGGUGCAAUCAAAUGCUACUAGUUUUUCUGAUUUUCAAGAAGCUAUCUAAAGUAUUAAGGCUUUUCCUUCCUGUGUAGUAACUUACUAAGCAACUUUUUGUAUUUAGGCAUUUGCAUCAAAUUGCUGAACAAGAUUAAUAUCCACAUUAUUUCAACAAUUUUAAAAGACUCUUUGGGGAGGGUUGGGUAUAUAAUUUUUUUAGCUCUAUUUACAUCCCAAAGUAGAAAGAUUAAAUUUAUAUUUACUAGAGCUAUUCAAAGAAUACACUUUUCUAUAUUGUAAAAACAGGACAGCAAAGUAAAUCAUACAGAAAAUAAACAUUUAUACUAUUCUGUAAAAAAAGGGUUUUGUUUUCUUUAAAAACACUUUUAACCAUGUUACAAGAAACUUUUAAAAUCUGAUUUUAAGUAAAUUUGACAUUACUUCUGAAAGCACACAACUAAAAAAAUAAGUCUGUCAUUUUGCCCAAUUAUGAUUAAGCUAAAUUGCUUUGAAACGAGAAUAUGUGUUCUCUUUUUUUUUCUGCUCUGUAAGGGCAGAAACUCAGUCUACUUUUUCCUUUCUUUUAAUGUUUGAUGUUUUUAUGGUGAGCACCUUACUUAGUUUCCUUUUCUCUCAAGAACUACAAGCAAUCUGCAGGUCUUGUCUCUGGAUUAUCUGGGAAACAGAACCUUAAUGCUGCAGGCAAUGAAACAACCAGAGCAGCAACUAUAGGGAGAAAUUACUGCUUUAGCUUCCCUAUUCAUAGGGACAACUGACAUUUUCUCAAUCUUAUGUAAAAUGUGAAUAAAAAUACCUUUAGAAAA